UUUGCCCUGACCAAGCCGCUCAAGAUGAACAUGGUGAAGAGGAUCAUGGGGCGGCCGAGGCAGGAGGAAUGCAGCCCCCAGGACAACGCGCUUGGCCUGAUGCACCUGAGACGCCUCUUCUCGGAGCUGUGCCACCCUCCUCGCCACAUGACGCAGAAGGAGCAGGAGGAGAAGCUCUACAUGAUGCUUCCCGUGUUUAACAGGGUGUUUGGGAAUGCUCCCUCCAGCAGCAUGAUCGAGAAGUUCUCUGACCUGCUGCAGUUCACCACACAGGUGUCACGACUCAUGGUGACCGAGAUCAGACGGAGAGCUUCUAACAAAUCCACAGAGGCAGCCAGUCGAGCAAUAGUCCAAUUCCUGGAGGUGAACCAGAGCGAGGAGGCGAGUCGUGGAUGGAUGCUUCUGACCACCAUCAACCUGUUAGCCUCCUCUGGACAGAAAACGGUGGACUGCAUGACGACCAUGUCUGUACCCUCCACGCUGGUCAAAUGUCUCUACCUGUUCUUUGACCUGCCUCACAUGGUUGAGGCUCCGGUCGUGUCCACACCACAGCCUCCAGCACCACCUCCACCUACACCCACUCAGGAUAAGACCUCCGGCCAGGGCCACACCCAGCAGGAGCUUCCCCUGGCGGACCGCAGGGCGCUGCUGCAGAAAGUCUUUGUCCAGAUCCUGGUGAAGCUCUGCACUUUCGUGUCCCCGGCCGAGGAGCUCGCUCAAAAAGACGACCUCCAGCUGCUGUUCAGUGCAAUCACCUCCUGGUGCCCCCCCCACAACCUGCCCUGGAGGAGGAGCGCAGGGGAGGUGCUGACCACCAUCUCCAGACACGGCCUCAGCGUCAACGUGGUCAAAUACAUACAUGAGAAGGAAUGUCUGGGCACGUGCGUUCAGAACAUGCAGCAGUCUGACGAUCUCUCCCCCCUGGAGAUAGUGGAGAUGUUCGCCGGCCUCUCCUGCUUCCUCAAAGACUCCAGCGAUGUGUCUCAGACCCUGCUGGACGACUUUAGAAUGUGUCAGGGUUACGCCUUCCUCAGUGACCUCAUGCUCAGACUGGAGCAGGCUAAAGAGGACGAAUCCAAAGAUGCCCUAAAGGACCUGGUUAACCUGGUCACGUGUCUAACCACAUACGGAGUGACAGAGCUGAAACCAGCCGGACUGACAACAGGAGCUCCCUUCCUGCUGCCAGGGUUUGUUCUCCCACAGCCUUCUGGGAAAGGUCACACAGUUCGUAACAUCCAGGCCUUCUCCGUACUUCAGAACGCCUUCCUGAGAGCUAAAACGAGCCGCCUGGCCUGUAUGCUUCUGGACGCCAUCGGAAACAUCUAUUCCGCGGAGCCGGCGAACUACUUCAUCCUGGAGUCGCAGCACACUUUGUCGCAGUUUGCAGACCGUGUGGCUAAGCUCCCCGAGGCUCAGACUAAAUACUUUGAGUUGCUGGAGUUUGUCGUCUUCAGCCUAAACUACGUUCCGUGCAAAGAGCUGUUCAGCGUCAGCGUGCUGCUAAAGUCGAGUACGUCAUACGCCUGCAGCAUCACGGCUGUGCGGACGCUUCUGAAGCUAUCCAGGCACGACGCAGUGUUCAGCGACGUGUUGAGAGAGGUCGGUCUGCUGGAGGUGCUGGUUAACCUGCUGCACAAGUACGCUGCCUUGCUCAAAGACCCAGCAACACAGCAGCAACCUCACAAUAAUGACCAAGCAGACUGUAAAAACAACACAGUAGCAGAGGAGCAGAAGCAGUUGGCCUGGCUGGUGAUGGAGACACUGACUGUGCUGCUGCAGGGCUCCAACACCACCAACACUAAUGCAGCUCUGUUCAGGGAGUUUGGCGGCGCUCGCUGCGUUCACAACAUUGUGAAGUACCGUCAGUGUCGUGAACACGCCCUGCUCAUCAUCCAGCAGCUGGUCCUGUCGCCCAGCGGGGACGACGACAUGGGAACACUGCUGGGCCUCAUGCACUCUGCACCGUCCAGUGAGCUGCAGCUCAAGACCGACAUACUGCGGGCCUUGUUAGCGGUGCUGCGUGAGAGUCAUCGCACCCGCACGGUGUUCCGUAAGGUGGGAGGCUUCGUCUACAUCACGUCUCUGCUGGUUGCCAUGGAGCGCUCACUGUGCCAGCCUCCUCGACACGGCUGGGACCGAGUCAACCAGAACCAGGUCUUUGAGCUCCUGCACACCGUCUUCUGCACGCUCACCGCCGCCAUGCGCUACGAGCCCGCCAACUCCCACUUCUUCCGUACGGAGAUCCAGUAUGAUAAACUGGCAGACGCUGUGAGGCUGCUGGGCUGUUUCUCAGACACUAAGAAGCUGGGUCCGACAGGCGUGUUCCCCUCCAACGCUCAGCCUUUCCAGAGGCUGUUGGAGGACGAGGCUGCACCCGGAGGCUGUGCGGGAGACAGCGUGUGUCCGACACUUAAACACUGCAGCAAACUCUUCAUCUAUCUGUACAAGAUGGCGACUGACUCCUUCGAUAGUCGUGCAGAGCAGGUGCCUCCCUGCCUGACUCAUGAGACCUCGCUGCCCUCGCCGUGGGGCACGCCAGCACUCGCCAGGAAGAGACAAGGUUACUACGGCACGUCGGGCCCUCCUGCCCCAGUCAAGGCCCUGACUGACCUCAAACUGCACCUUGCCAACGCUCCACCCUGUUCCUCGUCCUCUUUGUCUGACAUGGUGGUCAUCCACCCAGGGGCCGUCCUCGCCAUUGACCUGCUGCCCUCCGUCUCCUCCGACAGCCAGCCCGAGCACGCUCUUGACCUGCAGCUGGCAGUGGCCAACAUCCUGCAGCUACUGGUGAACAGUGAGAGGAACCAGCUUCUGUGUGAAGCCUCUCUCCACCAGCGGCUGUUGCAGCGCUGCAGUCAGGCUGGUGAUGAAGACCACCCGCUGCACCCCCCUCUGCAGAGGAUGUUGAGAGCUGCUUCUCAGGCACUGCAGCCCAUGGCACUUAGGGAGUUCUUACGUCUCGGGAACCCUCUGAACUGUGGCGCCUGGGACAAAAAGCUCCUGAAACAGUACCGGGUUCACAAACCGAGCUCUCUCAGCUAUGACACCGACACCAGAAACAGCAUGACUAUGUCCAUGGAGGGCUUUGGUCCAGACAGCGUCUUUGCUACGCCUGCAGAAGACAACGGCCAGUAUCGCAUCAGCCGUAGCCUGGUCCGCUCUGCUGAGGGCAGCACUGUACCCCUCACCCGAGUCAAGUGCCUGGUGUCCAUGACAACGCCUCAUGAUAUACGCCUGCAUGGAUCUGCUGUCACGCCUGCGUUUGUGGAGUUUGACACGUCGUUGGAGGGUUUCGGGUGUUUGUUUCUGCCCAGUCUGGCGCCCCACAACGCCCCCACCAACAACACCAACGCCUCAGGUGUCAGCGACGGAGCGGUGCUGAGCGGGAUGGGUACAGGGGAGCGCUUGUUUCCUCCUCCGUCCGGCCUCAGCUACUCCACCUGGUUCUGCGUGGAGCGUUUCAGCUCAGCUCCUCAUGCCCACCCAGUGAGACUGCUGACCAUCGUCCGGCGAGCCACGUCCUCUGAGCAGCACUACGUCUGCCUGUCAGUUGUUCUGUCUGCCAAAGACCGCUCGCUCACUGUGUCCACCAAGGAGGAGCUGCUGCAGACCUACUCAGCGGACGAGUCGAGUGAAGAAGCCUCCUUCUAUGAGAUCCUGCCCUGCUGCGCUCGCUUCCGCUGCGGCGAGCUGAUCGCUGAGGGCCAGUGGCACCACCUGGUGCUGGUCAUGAGCAAAGGCAUGCUGAAGAACAGCAUGGCCACGCUGUACCUCGAUGGACAGCUCAUCAACACUGUAAAGCUUCAUUACAUCCAUAGUGCACCGGGCGGCUCCAGCUCCACCAACCCUCCCGUGUUGAGCACCGUGUAUGGAUACAUCGGGACGCCACCAGCCCAGCGCCAGCUCUCCAGCCUGGUGUGGCGUCUGGGACCCAGCCAUUUCCUGGAGGAGGUCCUGCCCGCCACCAGUGUUGCCACCAUCUAUGAGCUGGGACCCAUCUAUGUGGGCAGCUUCCAGGCCGUCUACCUGCCCUGUAAAGACUCAAAGACAGAGGUAGCGCCUGCCACUCCAGUGGCGUUGGUACCAGAGGAGAAGGUGUCCUUCAGUCUCUAUGCGUUGUCAGUCUCUACUCUCACUGUGGCCAAGAUCAGAAAAGUCUACAACAAGCUGGACAGCAAAGCCAUCGCCAAACAGCUCGCUGUGUCGUCUCAUGAAAAUGCCACUCCGGUCAAGCUGAUUCAUAACGCAGCCGGCCAUCUCAACGGGCCAGCUCGAACCGUGGGAGCUGGAGUCAUUGGAUAUUUAGGGGUCCGUGCCUUUGUGGCUAAGCCUGUUGCCACAAACCUGCAGUACACGGGUGGUGCGGCGGCCAUCUUGGGUCUGGUUGCGAUGGCGUCGGACGUGGAGGGGCUGUAUGCAGCCGUCAAAGCUUUGGUGUGUGUCGUAAAGAGCAACCCACUGGCCAGUAAAGAGAUGGAGCGUAUCAAAGGAUACCAGCUGCUGGCCAUGCUGCUGAAGAAGAAGCGCUCGCUGCUCAACAGCCACAUCCUCCACCUCACCUUCUCUCUGGUGGGAACAGUCGACAGCGGACACGAGACCUCCAUUAUUCCAAACUCCACCGCCUUCCAGGACCUGCUGUGUGACUUUGAGGUGUGGCUCCACGCUCCCUACGAGCUCCAUCUGUCUCUGUUUGAGCAUUUCAUCGAACUGCUGACUGAAUCCAGCGAGGCGGCUAAAAAUGCCAAACUGCUGCGGGAGUUUCAACUGAUCCCCAGGCUGCUGCUGACCCUCAGAGACACCUCGCUCUCCCAGCCAACAGUGGCUGCCAUCAGCAAUGUGCUCAGUCUCCUUCUGCAGGGCUUCCCCAACCCAUACGACCUGCUCCGGUUUGGCCAGUUCAUCUCGUCAACUCUUCCCACAUUUGCCGUGUGUGAGAAGUUUGUUGUCAUGGAAAUCAAUAACGAGGAGAAGAUCGAUGGAGGUAAUGAUGAUGAUUUUGGAGGUCUCCUGUCAGCAAACCUUAUUCUGUUGAGAAACCGGCUGCUGGACAACCUGCGCAGACUGCUCUUCACCAACAAAGAGAAAUGCUCUGUCAAUGCUCAGGCUUGUGAGGAGCUGGUGCGGACACUGGGCUUUGAUUGGCUCCUGAUGUUCAUGGAGGAACACCUUCACUCAAGCACGGUAACAGCAGCUCUGUGGAUCCUGGUGGUUCUGCUCUCCAACCAGUCCAUCCUGAACCGCUUCAAAGAGGGCCUGUGCGGAGGAGGCUGGCUGGACCACACCGACUCCGUCCUGACCAAUAAGAUCGGCACAGUGCUGGGCUUUAACGUGGGCCGCAGUGCUGGUGGGCGCUCCACACUGCGAGAAAUCAACCGGGAUGCUUGCCACUUCCCAGGACUCCCGGUUAUGCAGACGCUGCUGCCCAAACACACCAAUGUCCCCGAGCUCUACUUCCUACUCAUGGCGCUGUUUCUGCAGCAGCCUGUGACCGAGCUGCCAGACAGCCUGCAGGUACAUUUUGACUUGGACUCCAUCUGGACGUUCAUCUUCGGUAUACCGGCCUCCAGUUCGACAGUGGUGGGCUCCAUCCACAAUGUUUACACCGAGGCUGCCUUCCUGCUUCUGGCCAUGCUGCGCAGCAUGCUCAACUUGCCGUGGCAGUCUGAGGAGGAAGGUUCCUGGCUGAGGGAGUACCCUGUCACCCUCAUGCAGUUCUUUCGGUACCUUUACCACAAUGUGCCUGAUCUGGGACCGAUGUGGCACAGUCCUGAGUUCCUCUGUGCCCUGGCAGCGACUGUUUUCCCCUUUAACAUCAGGCCAUACUCUGAGAUGGUCAGUGAUUUGGACGACGAGGCGGGUUCUCCCACAGAGGAGUUCAAAGCCUUCGCUGCAGACUCGGGAAUGAACCGCAGUCAGUCUGAGUACUGUAACGUGGGAUCCAAGACCUCCCUGACCAACCACCCAGCCAAGAAGUAUGUGUUUGACUUCAUGAGGGUCCUGAUCAUGGACAACCUCUGCAUGACGCCGGCCAGCAAGCAGACGCCCAUCAUCGACCUGCUGCUGGAGGCCUCCCCGGAGCGCUCCACUAGAACUCAGCAAAAAGAGUUUCAGUCCAACAUCCUGGACGGCGUCAUGGAGCAUCUUCUGGCUGCUGAUGUCCUUUUAGGUGAAGACGCCUCUCUGCCCCUCAGCAGCGGGGGCAGUUAUCAGAUUCUGGUCAACAGUUUCUACUUCACCCAGCGGGUGGUGGACAAGCUGUGGCAGGGCAUGUUCAACAAGGACUCCAAGCUGGUGGUGGACUUCAUCGUACAGCUCAUUGGACAGUCCAAAAGACGUUCUCAGGGUCUUUCUCUCGACACCAUCUACCACUGUUUGAAUCGGACCGUUCUCUAUCAACUCUGCCGACCCCACAAGACGGUGGCUCAGCAGGUGGCCUUGCUGGAUGCACUGAGGGUCCUGACCGUCAACCGCAAUCUGGUGCUCGGCCCAGGGAACCACGACCAGGACUUUGUGGCCUGUCUGGCUCACUGCUUCAUCUGCCUGCACAGUGGGAGCAGCGUGGAGGGCUUCGGUCUGGAGGCGGAGGCCAGGAUGACGACCUGGCAUGUCAUGAUGCCCACAGAGAACGAGGCUGACGCUAUGCACAACCACGAUGUCGGAGAGGGCCGGCAGCUGCUGCUGAAGGCAGUGAAUCGAGUGUGGACAGAGCUGAUGCACAGCAAGCGUCAGAUGCUGGAGGACAUCUUUAAAGUGUCUCUGCCCUGCAAUGACAGAGGACACGUGGACAUUGCCACGGCACGGCCCGCCCUGGAGGAGCCGGCUCUGAAGAGCUGGCAGAACCACCUGGUGCAUGAGAAGAAGUGCAUCAGUCGCGGCGAGGCGGUGGCUCCUGCGACACAGUCUAAACUGUCCCGAGUCAGCAGCGGCUUCGGCCUCUCCAAGCUGACGGGCGUUCGCCGCAACAAGAAAGAGAACAGCCUGAACAAGAACAGCAUGUCAGCACAGGAGACUUUUCAGUGGAUGUUCACGCACAUUGCUGUAGUGCGAGACCUGGUGGCCAUGCAGUACAAAGAAUAUCAAGAGCGGCAGCAGAACGCCCUGAAGUACGUCACAGAGGAGUGGGCAGCCAUUGAGUACGAGCUGCUGCGUGAGCGGGGCCUCUGGGGACCGCCCAUCGGGUCACACCUGGACAAAUUUGUGUUGGAGAUGACGGAGGGUCCCUGCCGGAUGAGGAAGAAGAUGGUCCGAAACGACAUGUUCUAUAUCCACUACCCUUACUUCCCAGAGGCGGAGCCAAACACCAACCCUGCACAGAAACCUCUGCGAUACCGGCGAGCCAUCAGCUACGACAGCAAAGAGUACUACGUGCGUUUGCUGUCGGGGAACCCUGGUAUGUACCAGCACUCUGUGGAGCACAACACAGAGGGAGAGACCACUCAGCAUGAGCCCGAGCACGGAGAGGACACCAUCGCAAGGGUCAAAGGACUGGUGAAGGCUCCUCUGAAAAGAUCUCGCUCCACAGCGGACGGAGCAGACGAGGACAGUCAGGAGCAGCUUCAGGAUCAGCUGUUAGAGUCAGGAGGCCCCGAGGAGGAGCAGAAGACCGACAACACGUCGCUGCUGCGCCUCCUAGAGGAGGGAGAGAAGAUCCAGCACAUGUACCGCUGUGCCAGGGUUCAGGGUCUGGACACCAGCGAGGGCCUGCUGUUGUUUGGGAAAGAGCACUUUUAUGUAAUCGACGGCUACACCAUGACCGUGUCCCGAGAGAUCCGAGACAUCGACACACUGCCUCCAAAUUUGCAUGAGGCGAUCAUCCCCAGAGGAGCAAGACAAGGACAGAGCCAGCUGAAGAGAACCUGCAGCAUCUUCGCCUACGAAGACAUCAAGGAGGUGCACAAGAGACGCUACCUGCUGCAGCCCAUGGCCGUGGAAGUCUUUUCAGCUGACGGGAGAAACUACUUGUUAGCAUUCCAGAAAGGAGUCCGCAACAAAGUUUACCAAAGGUUCUUGGCGGUUGUGCCUUCACUGGCUGACAGCUCAGAGUCGGUGUCAGGACAGAGACCCAACACCAGCGUGGAACAAGGAUCUGGAAUCCUCAGCACGCUGGUCGGUGAGAAGUCGGUGACUCAGAGAUGGGAGCGAGGAGAGAUCAGUAACUUCCAGUACCUGAUGCAUCUGAACACGCUGGCAGGACGAUCCUACAACGACCUCAUGCAGUACCCCGUCUUCCCUUGGAUCCUUGCUGACUUUGACUCUGAGGAGCUAGACCUGAACAACCCUAAGACUUUCCGUAACCUCGCCAAGCCGAUGGGCGCCCAGACUGACGACAGACUGACGCAGUACAAGAAGAGAUACAAAGACUGGGAAGACCCCACCGGUGAAACUCCAGCAUACCACUACGGCACCCACUACUCCUCAGCCAUGAUUGUAGCCUCCUAUCUGGUCCGGAUGGAGCCCUUCACACAGAUUUUCCUCAGACUUCAGGGAGGUCAUUUCGACUUGGCUGACAGGAUGUUCCACAGCAUACGUGAAGCCUGGCUCUCUGCCUCCAAACACAACAUGGCUGACGUAAAGGAGCUCAUCCCAGAGUUCUUCUAUCUACCAGAGUUCUUGCUCAACUCCAACAACUUUGACCUGGGAGCCAAACAGAACGGCACCAAGCUGGGUGACGUGAUUCUGCCACCAUGGGCAAAGGGCGACCCCCGGGAGUUCAUCAGAGUCCACAGAGAGGCGUUGGAGUGUGACUACGUAUCGGCCCACCUCCAUGAAUGGAUUGACCUGAUCUUUGGCUACAAGCAGCAAGGUCCGCCCGCUGUGGAGGCAGUGAACGUCUUCCAUCACCUGUUCUAUGAAGGUCAGGUGGACAUCUACAACAUCAACGACCCGCUGAAGGAGACCGCCACCAUCGGCUUCAUCAACAACUUUGGACAAAUCCCCAAACAGCUGUUCAAGAAGCCCCAUCCUCCUAAACGGGUUCGCAGUAAAGCUAACGGUGACGUAGCGAGCAUUCCUCCGAGCUCAAACAGCGACAAAAUCUUCUUCCACCAUCUGGACAAUCUCAGACCUUCUCUAGCUCCUGUGAAAGAACUCAAGGAGCCUGUGGGACAGAUCGUGUGCACCGAUAAGGGAAUACUCGCUGUGGAGCAAAACAAAGUUCUCGUUCCUCUCAACUGGAGUAAGACCUUUGCCUGGGGCUACGCUGACCUCAGCUGCCGGCUGGCUAACUAUGAAUCUGAUAAGGCGUUGGUGGUGUACGAGUGUCUGUCAGAGUGGGGUCAGAUCCUCUGUGCCAUCUGUCCAAACCCUAAACUGGUCAUCACUGGUGGUACCAGCACAUCCAUCUGUGUGUGGGAAACAGGAACCUCCAAGGAGAGGGCCAAGUCGCUCACUCUCAAACAGGCGUUACUGGGUCACACGGACGCUGUCACAUGUCUGACAGCUUCAUCAGCGUACCACAUAGUUGUUAGCGGCUCGCGGGAUCGAACCUGCAUCAUUUGGGACCUCAACAACCUUUCCUUCGUCACACAGCUCAGGGGACACCGAGCGCCCGUCUCAGCUCUGUGUAUCAACGAACUGACGGGGGAUAUUGUGUCCUGUGCAGGCACAUACAUACACGUGUGGAGCAUUAACGGCAGCCCCAUCGCCAGUGCCAACACCUUCACAGGGCGGAGUCAACAGAUCCUGUGCUGCUGCGUGUCCGAGAUGAACGAGUGGGACACGCAGAACGUCAUCGUCACGGGACACUCAGACGGUGUUGUCAGGUUUUGGAGAAUGGAGUUCCUACAAGUCCCAGAAACCCCUGCUCUAGAGCCAGUAGAGCCAGAUGUGCCUGAUUGCUGUGUUGAGGAGAAGCUCGAGGGAGGUGAGAAUCACAACGCCGAUGACGACAGCAGCGAGUCAGACGGGGAUGAGCCCAGUCUGAGUCAGGAGCCCAAAGCACCAAGAAAUCCCUCAACAGGUGGAGGCAGCCAGCCGGGCAGCACGGUCCACAGACCCAGAGGUCCUUCAGCCCGACCGGGAGCCUCGUGGUCGAUGGACAGCAGCUCUGACGAUUCUCACCGCUGGUCAGAUACUCUCAGCAUCGAUGAAAAGGACGGCUUCGUCUUUGUCAACUACUCUGAGGGUCAAGCUAAGGUCCCCCACCCUCAUUUGACUCAUCAUGGCCACGCCUCCAUGCCACAGCCUCUCCAGCCCAACGCCAUGGACGCACGGACUUAUAACCAGCUCAGGGCAGGCUACAGAUGGGAGCGCCAGCUGGUCUUCCGGAGCAAACUCACCAUGCACACAGCUUUUGAUCGAAAGGACAAUGCUCAUCCAGCAGAGAUCACAUCUCUGGCCAUCUCAAAGGACCACAGUAAGAUCCUGGUGGGUGAUGGACGCGGUAGAGUCUUCAGCUGGUCGGUCAGUGAUCAGCCUGGUCGCUCUGCCGCUGACCACUGGGUGAAGGACGAGGUGGUUGACAGCUGCUCCGGCUGCAUGGUCCGCUUCUCACUCACAGAGCGACGCCAUCACUGCAGGAACUGUGGGCAGCUCUUCUGCCAAAAGUGCAGUCGCUUCCAGUCGGAGAUCAAAAGGCUGAAGAUCUCGUCACCGGUGCGAGUGUGUCAGAACUGUUACUACAACCUUCAACACGAGCGAAGCGUUGAGGACGGCUGCAGAAACUGAGCACCACCUCCACCAGAGAAACACCUCCUCCCGAGGACUCCGACAUGAGGGGGCGUUUCGUUCCUCUGCCUGCCUUCAUUUUCCCUCCAAAGCUCCUACAAAUCCCUCAACACCCCCCCCCCUUUAUCCCCCUCACUCAUCCAGUAACCACAUGACUGUAACACACUGACAGACUGUAACAGGAGGGAAGCUGUAUUAUCAACACAGAGGUGCACGAGGAUCAAAAGGAGAAAAAAAAAACACUUGAUCAUCACUGUCCCCACCUGCACUCAACAUCUGGAGGAGGGAAAAAAAAAAAAAAAAAGCAACCCACAUUGAUGCGGCACGCUUGUAUCAAUCACCAACAAAAAUAAGAAACUUGUCUAUAUUGUGAAUAUUAACCAUGGCCUUUUUAACACAAAGAGGAAGAAACACAAAACAAAAAUAAAGGUCAAUAAGAAAAGAAAAAAACAUUUUGCCUGUAACAUAGCAUUGUAACUAACCACUCCUGGCUUUAAAAAACAAAACGAUUGUGUGUAGUCUUCGUCACCAGUCACAGCGAGUCCAGGGGGAAAACCACCAAGGAAGGGAUAUGAAUGUCAAUAAUUAAUGUCUGUGGGUCGACUUUACUAGUGGGUCUAGUUAUGCAAAAUGACUUAUUUUCUUUUUUUAACUUUAUGAUCAUUUUUUUUUUAAUUGUUUACAAAAAUGUGAUUUAUUGUGCGAGUGUUGCCCCGCAGUGUCAAGCCAUCGCCACCACAGAGAGAUUUAUUAUCACGCUCUCUUUUCUUUAUUCUUUUUGCCAAAUUGCUCUGAUGUAUCAUGUAUGUUUAUUAAUCUGUCAUCUACUCUGUCCUUCAUGUGAAUUUCACAUGUUAUUUGUUGUUGCUGCUGUUAGAAAACUGGACAAAUUAUCAUUUCAGAUUUUUUUUUUUUUUUUUUUUAGACAUAUCACUCCAAUGUAUGUUGAGAUUUCUUUUGUCCUGAAAGAAUCCAUUGUCUGUGAAAAACUAUAAAUUAAGGUAAAGUAUAACACGUAUGUAAUAAUGGGACACAUUUAUUUCAUGUCUCGUGUAGUCGUGUUUAGUUCCUGCUAAAGCCUCUAAGCAGCUUUUUGAAUGCACACUAAAAGGGAAUGAUUUUGUAUAGUGGAUUUUAGUUUCUUGUGGGUUUCUGUUUGCAGACUUGACUCUGACCCUGUGGCAUUAUUACAGCAGACCAGCUGAUGUUGCACUCCUCACACUUUAUCCUCAGUCCCUGUAGAAGAUGUUAAACUGCAAGAGCAGCAGCCGAGAACAUUUUAAAGACUUUAUUUAUUUUGAAAUGAUGUCUUUAGACAUCAGGAAAGAUGUAAAAAAAAAAUAAUCAUGACAUUUCCUGAAAUAAGAAAUAUGGCUUGUUUUUAAAGGACAGAGACGUGUAGAUGGUUAUGAUAGCCCCACACACACAAACACACAUCCCUUUUUCCCUCCCAAAUGCUGGAGUAACAACCACUAAAUCAACAACAACAUUUUCUAUUUCAUAAUGAAUACCUAUUAUGUCUACAGUAAGUUGAAAUGAGUGGCUCUAAUGCAAAUACAUGAAUGAUUCUCUCAUGUUAAGAAUUGACUGCUUUAUAGAUGAAUUAUAAAUGUUUAGAUUUAGUGAAGUCGUUCUAUUUGUGUGGCUAGAGACGGAUUUGUUGUGUGAAGGUUUUUUUUAAGGAGUUGAAAGUGAAAAAAGAGAUCAGCCAUAUUUAGACUUGACGUGGGUAAACCUUGAAGUUGAAUUUAUGCCAAACAUAGGAUUUUGUUUAUUGCCUGGUCUUUGUCUCUGCAGUUGAAUUUCAAUUUUAAGUUGUCCAAUAAAUUCAAACCAGAGGACUGAUAGAAAUAAAACACUGCUCAGUGCUCAGAAUAUCAAGAGUGGUCUCCAAGUGCAACAAAAGACACAAUGCAGCGAUAAUGACUAAACAGAGACGCAGCAAUUGCACAUUGUUGCCUUCAUUGUUGUCAGAGCAUGAAAAAAAAACAUAAAGUAAGGACUCAUGUAGAAAGUACAUUUUUAUAGCAUCUUUAAAAAGUAUGUAUUUUUUCUGUCACAAAGAGUCACUGAAUCAAUUAGCAUUUAGAAAUGAAAUUAAAACUUAAACCCAGGAAACAAAAAGAAUACUGUUUUGGCAUGGAUUGAACUCCAUACAAGGCUGCAGUGUUAAUACUGAAAUAUCGGAUGACCUCUGAUGUUUCCCGUUUGUUUGACGUCAAAUGCUCAACAGUUUAUCUCUAGAGACAAGCUAACAUAUGACUUAAACACCCAUUGAUCCCGUUGGAUUGCUGCUGCCACUUGGUUCAAUAGCUACACAGUGUGCCAGAGUGUUCUUGUUUGUUACUUCAUGUUAGCCCCUUCCCCUCCCCCACUCUUCUUGCAUGUGUUUAUGAUGUGUUUGUGGUUUUGUGGGCAACAACUGUGCAUUCAAAUGCUGCUUUCUUUUUUUUCCCCAGGAGAGAACUUUCUCACUUUUGGUUUCCCACUAGUAUCCACAGAGUCUAACACAUGUAAGAAAAUGCAGAAACACUUCCCAGAACGUUCUUUAAUCUUCAUCCCCACAGCUCUCUGAUGUUCUAAUAAUAACAUGCACUCUCGAUAUUGUCCUCCUUAUAUCAUUCUGCAUUAAUGUACUGUAAAUUAGCGUGCAAUCAUGCCAUCUAGCUGAAAAGGCCCGUCGGCUUCUAUCAAUCAAGAGUUCCUUUGCACCUUCAUGUCUACAAAAACAAACCAGAAAAGUUUUUAUUGAAUGCAGUUUUACUUUGUUGUUUAACAGAAAGGAUAAAUGAACUGUACAAAGUAUUUAUGCAAUUAUAAAUGGUUUUAGAUUUUUUUUUUUAAUGAUUGUUGCGAUUUCAGCAAGUUUUGUUACUUGUUGCAUGUCUAUUAACACAGCUGACUUUCUGUGUCAGUGCAUUGUACAUUGUACAUGUUCUCGGCAUUAUAUUUUUGUUUCAUUUUGUUGGUUUUACUUUUUGUUUUUGUUUUUUUUAGGCAUUUUCUGAUACGUUGUCCCCAAGUGACUGACUGAUGGGUUUGUGUACAGUGCAAGAAAUCAUGUCCCCACACUCUGGGUGGACUUUUGUACUCUUAAUUGAAAAAAAAAAAGAAAUGAUGGACAAAUAAGAGAAGAAGGAAAAAGAAAAUCCUGGAUUCUUUUGGUGGUCUUGUAUUAGACUGCAUUACUACAGUAUCUGGUGUGCAAUCUGUGAUAGCUGAAUGUUCCUUGUAUAUUUGUGUUCACUACAUCCUACGAGAGAAAAAAAAACAGUAGAGAACCCCCGCCCUCGUACGGAAACAAAUGUUACAUAACGCAAUAGAUCUGGUACUUAUUCUUUUUAAUUUCAUUUCAAUAAAUAAUUGCUGUUUACCA